UGGUCGAUUAUUAUGAAGACAUACUUUCUUAUUUUUCUUGACAAUUUCUCAUAGAAAUGGCAAGAGAAGGCCACAUUGGAAAGAUUGCAUCUCCAGUUUUCGCGGAGCAUGCAAAUCCCGCUUCUGAUCCUCGUCAGAUGAGACGGAUCAUUGCCGAAGAUCCAGAUUGGAGUUUGACAACCGUACCAUUAUUGACUGACUUGUGUAUCUCUCACAUAAUCACAAAUUUUGAUGAAAAACCAAUUCUGAAUGAACUAUUACCAAAGCACAAGACCAAAGUUUUGGAACUACUUUCAACCGACGUCCCCUUGAAGGUCACUGCACCACUCGUUAAAGAGGAAGAGUACUGGAAGAAGUGUUGUAAUGCGAAAUGGGAAAUUUGUGAUCUCUCAAAAUAUGGAAAUAGCUGGAAACGAAUGUUUUUUGAAAGAACAGUAAAAGGUAUCAUUGAAGGAUUUGUACCCGAAACCACAGAAAUUGCUGAGUUGCAUGAGAUUUUAGCCCUCGGUGAAAUGUGCAUCCGCUCUCUGGAUAUAAAACAACUUUUACCUCCAGUCAAGGUGGUAAACAUCAUAGAUGAUGACUCAUCCGACAAUGGAAGCGACGUUGGCCAUGAUGGUCCUCUCUUAGAUCAUUUUGAUUUUGGCGAAUUAGUUUCACGAACAAGUUGCUUGGAAGAACUUCAUAUUACAUAUGGAGUGAAAGCGUGUGGUAUGAACUUUGAAUGGAAUAUGUUCCAGUUUACGAAGCGCGAUUGUCAACUUCUUUCCAAGGCUGUAAAAGCUUGUCGAACGCUGCGAGUCUUUCAUCUUCAUUGUAGUCAGGUGGAUGACGAGAAAGCCAGAAUUAUUAUUAGUCACCUUCUAGAUCACCCUUCGCUGACGACUUUAGAUUUUUCGCACAACAAAAUCGGCGAUAGCGGCGCAAGGGCUCUUGGGAAGCUCAUAAACGGCCGUUGUCGGCUGGAGCACUUAAUUCUUCUCAACAACAAGAUAAAGGCUCAUGGAGGAAAGGCGAUAGCCCACGCUUUAGGUAAAAACACGACAUUGCUCUCGAUGAACAUUCGUCUGAAUAGACUUGGUGAUGACGGUGGACAAGCAUGUAGAGCUUUAAUGAAAAAUACCACUUUGCUCGAGUUGAACAUGGGAAGUAAUGAUAUGGGAGAGCCUACUGCGGCUGCGCUAGCUCAGGUCUUGGUGUCGAACAAAACGUUACGAUCUUUGAACGUUUCAUGUAAUAAAAUGGGAGAGGAUGGCGGGAAAUCACUUGAAGAGAGUAUGGAAGAAAACGAGAGUAUGAAAAUAAUGGAUUUACGAUUGACGGAAGUUGGACAAGAAAACGAGUAUUGUAUAAAUCAGCUUCUUAAAAGGAACAACGAACAAGAUAAGACAGAUGUUUGAUCAAUUUUUAAUGUAUACGUUGCUUUUUAUCGUUGAAUAUUGUUGCUUUAUUUUCCAUGUAAAUAUUGACGAAGAAAUAUGUUUAAGUGAUCACGCGAUAAUGUGUACAAAAUUGAAGUCUGGUUUUUAUUUAAUUGCAAUUAUGGCGUAUAGUUGCUUCGCUGGAGAUGCCCGUAAAGACUCUUAACGAUAUAUAAUUGUCUGAAUUUCAAUUAUUUGUGAGUAAUAUUGCAACGAUAAGAAACUGACUCGUGCAACAAUUGAUGUAAUGAAAACCAGCUUUUAUCAGUGUUUGAUAAACUUAUAA